AUGGAUUCAGAUUCACCAUUUACAGUAGUUGCACCACCUGUAUUUGAUGGUGAAAAUUAUCAAGUCUGGGCAGUUAGAAUAAAGGCUUACUUGGAUUCAAGUGAUCUUUGGGAGGCUGUUGAAGUGGAUUACGAGAUUCCUCCAUUGCCUAACAAUCCAACACUUGCUCAAAUCAGACAUCACAAAGAAAGAAGGCAAAGGAAGUCAAAGGCAAAAUCAUGCCUGUUUUCUGCUGUCUCAUCAACAAUCUUUACCAGGAUUAUGACCCUAAAAUCAGCCAAGGAAAUCUGGGACUUCCUCAAGCAAGAGUAUGAAGGCAAUGAGAGAGUCAAAGGAAUGGAAGUGCUGAAUUUGAUCAGGGAAUUUGAGAUGCAGAAGAUGAAAGAGUUAGAAACAAUUAAGGAGUAUGCUGACAGGCUCCUCAGCAUUGCUAAUCGGGUAAGAUUGUUGAAAUCUGAAAUGCCUAAUAGUAGGAUUGUACAAAAAAUCCUAGUUACAGUGCCUGAAAAAUUUGAGGCAACAAUUUCCUCAUUGGAGAAUUCUAAAGAUCUGUCAAGUAUUACUUUGGCAGAAUUAUUAAAUGCAUUGCAGACACAAGAACAAAGAAGACUCAUGAGGCAAGAAGGUGCAAUUGAAGGUGCCCUACAAGCUAAGUUCUAA